UCAGAUUUUCAGAUCCUUCUUCAAAACAGAACAUCUGAAUGAACAGUCUUUUUUUUAAUAAGAAUGUUGCACGUUAAUUUCUGCAACUACAUAAAUUACUUUUGGUAAAUAAUCACCUACAAGUUGUUGAAAUAACCACUUGAAAGAUAAACAACCACCCCUAAAGGUCUAAACAAGUUUUUAGGCAUGACGUAAACAAAGGCUUCAGUGAGUAUCAUUUAAAGUUGAUGUGAAUGGCACUUGGAUUCAAACAUAACCGCCUUGAUUUAUGCUAUUUAACUGACAUUUUUUAUACCAGUGGUCUGUUCUUAUCAAUUUUGAUUUGAGAUGAUGUACCUAAUUUUGAGGUAAGAUGGUGUAUACCAUUCAAGUCAGACAACGUGAAUCCAACAUUUCCUGGAAGGUGUCCUUCAGCUGCUCUCCCCUUUGAACCAUUGGGCAGUAAUAUGACAACGACAUAUCAUUGAAAAGUCAUAAGAUGCUUGUGUGGACUAUAUCAGUAUACAUGUGUGGCCUGGACUCUUCGCUUGGAGGAUGGUGAGGACCAUUUCCUGUGCCCCCCACACAUAUUGCCCAGUCCCAUUCAAACAGACAACAGCAGAAACUCUUAUCCCCCUUUGGUACUUGAUAGAGAGAUGGAGCAUCCUGUUGUUAGCGCUGGUGGGGGUGCCAUUAACAUACUAUUAUGUAAGCUGGGUGCGGUGCUCAUCCAAGAAGCACAGCUCCUUGGAGGCAUCCGAGGCGAGCUGGAGUACAUGAAGGAUGAGCUUGAGAGCAUGACAGCAUUCCUCCAGGACCUUGCUGAGGAGGGAAACCGCAGGAAGCAGGUUAAGGUUUGGAUGAAACAGGUGCGAGAGGUCGCGUAUGAUGUUGAGGAUUGCGUUGAUGAGUUUACAUAUCACCUUGGCAGCACCACAAGUGGUUCUGGCCUUGCCGGGCUCUUCCACAGAUGCAUCCGUUUCAUGCAAACUGUCAGGGUGCGGCGUCAGAUUGCGAAACAAAUCCAACAACUGAAAGCGCGCGCUACAAGUAUCAGCGACCGAAACUCAAGGUAUGGUGGUAAUCAUCUCAUUUCUGGAGCAGAAGGAAACACACUUGCUGCACAACCAGCACCAUCUUAUAUUACUUCUCUGGAUAUUCGUACCCCCGCACUCUUCCCAGAGAUAACGGAACUUGUGGGCAUUGAAGCGCGUCAGAGUAAUCUUGUGAAUUGGUUGGUGGAUGAAAACGUACAACAAUUACUGGUGCUAUCUAUAUCCGGUUUUGGUGGUUGGGGAAAGACAACUCUUGCUAUGACGACAUAUCAGACAGCUAGUGCAAGUUUCCAGUGCCGAGCUUUUGUAACUGUAUCCCAGAAAUUUGAUGUGAAGGGUCUCAUAAGGGACAUUCUUCGUCAGAUUAUUCGACCAGUAAAUCAAAAUGGUCCAGCACCAGCAGUAGACCCACUCAAAGGCAUGGAAGAAUGGAACGUGGGACAGCUUGCAGAUAUGCUAAGGCAGCAUCUAGAAGAUAAGAGGUAUCUUAUUGUUCUCGAUGAUAUUUGGAGCAUGUCAGCAUGGGAAGGUAUUCGAUUUUGUUUGCCUAACUCACAUACUGGAAGCAGAAUAAUUGUUACCACAAGAAUGAAAACUGUAGCACAAGCCUGCUGCCUCCAUGAGUAUGACAGAAAUUACGAAAUUGAACAACUCAAUGGUAGUGAAUCUAGCGAGUUAUUUUUCAAGAGAAUAUUUGGCAACAGGGAAAAUUGCCCAGCUGCCUUCAAAAACAUUUCAGAGAGGAUCCUGGGAAAGUGUGGUGGUAUACCCUUGGCCAUAGUCAGCAUUGCAGGUCUUUUGGCUAGCACACCCUUGUACAGUUAUGAUCGCUGGGAGAAGAUCUACAACUCUCUUGGCUUGGAGCUGGAAACCAGUCCCUGGCUUGAAAAACUGAAGAAAAUUCUUGAGCUUAGUUAUGAUGACCUUCCAUAUCAUUUGAAAACUUGUUUCUUAUAUUUAAGCACCUACCCUGAGGAUUAUAAGAUCAGAAGGAAAAGUUUAUUGAGAAGAUGGAUAGCAGAACGCUUUGUGACAGAGAAGCGUGGAUUAAGUGCCUUGGAGGUGUCUGAGAAAUAUUUCAAUGAAUUACUCGACAGGAGUAUGGUUCUUCCAAUUGAAAUGAGCUUUGAUGGGAAGGUCAAGACCUUUCGAGUUCAUGAUAUAAUGCUAGAGAUCAUUGUUUCAAAAUCAAUUGAAGAGAAUUUCGUCACUUUGGUAGGUCAACAGUCUACUUUAGCUCCUCAAGAGAAGAUUCGGCGGCUAUCCAUUCAUGGAGGAAGUAACAAAAAUAUUGCCACAAGCAAAUUGUUAAGCCAUGUCCGAUCAUUGAGUAUAUUUGCUGAUGGAGAAAUGUUACAGUUUGCUUGGAUAAAACUUCUUAGAAUAUUAGACUUAGAAGGUUCUGGGUUUGCCAGGAAUGGAGAUAUCAGAAAUAUUUGUAAACUGUUUCAGUUGGAAUAUCUCAGUCUCCGGAGUACAUAUGUCACUGAACUCCCUGUGCAAAUAGGAAACCUCAAAAAGUUGGAGACACUUGAUGUCAGGGACACAGCCAUAAAGCAUUUGCCUCCACACAUUACCAAUCUGCCAAAUUUGUCAAACCUACUUGGAGGGAGAAGAGUUUAUAACUACAGUGGUUUGUUUCCCAUUUCCAAUUUUUGGGGAAUGCACAUCCCUAACAAGCUUGGCAAUUUAGAAAUGCUUACAACACUUGCAGAAAUAGAGAUCACAGACUCUACUUCCUGUUACAUAUCUGAAUUAGGGAAGCUUUCACAGUUGAGGAAGCUAGGGGUAAUGAUGUUUGUUGACGACGACAUGAACUGGAUGUCCUUGAUCACCGCCAUUGCAAAACUGAGCAGCUGCCUUCAGUCACUGCUGAUUUGGCGACCGGACGGAGUAAUGAAUUUCAGGAUUCUUGAUACACUAUCCAGGCCACCAAUGUUUCUAAAAAGCAUAAACUUCCGAGGUAAGUUGGGACGGCUACCAGAAUGGAUUGGUUUGCUGGCUAAUCUAACUGAGUUGACCCUUCGCGCCACUGAAUUGGAAUCUGAGGAGCACCUGAAAGUUACCUCUCAGUUACCAAGCCUGCUCUACCUUAGGUUGCAUCACAGUGCAUACACCGGAAGAGCACUCACCUUCUCUGCGUCAGAGUUCCCAAGUCUCAAACUGCUCACCAUUCAUCUCGCCGUAUACCAGGCAUUGAACCUGAGGUUUGAGGAAGGCACUGCACCUAAGCUCCAUAGGCUGGAGCUAUCUUUCUUCGAAAAUGCUUCCAUCCGGCAGCCUUCAGGUAUCAAUUUUCUUGCAAAUCUUCAGGAGGUCUUGGUCCACGCUGAUCCAUGCCAUAACUCGGAAGCUAUGGUGCACUAUUUGAGGAAUGAAGCUAGGAGGAAUCCCAACCAACCUACUGUCACUUUCAAGGCGAAACAAUGGAAGUCAGCACGGACAGGUCCAGCAAUAGAUUACAGAGGAAACAUCUGGUUUUGAUAAUACGGGCACCGCUGAACAUGCGUGAGCUGUACUCUUGACAGGAUUCAGAAUUUCCGACACGUCAAUAUUUGGUUAAUCAGGUCUCAAGUGCCAAUAGCCAAAUCUUUUUUUUUGUUUCUGGUGAUCUGUACAGAUAUGUGGACAUCAAGGAUGAGUUGUUGAGACGGUUUACCGUCUGUCUUUUCUUCUCCAAUGGAUAAGAAAUUUGCAGUGUUACUGAACAUUCUUUGAGGGGGACUUACUGUCCUGUAGAGUCGAUAUUUGGAUGGCUUCGGUCUCUGCUACCUGGUCGUGAAUACAUAGUAGAGUAUGUUUUUGGAUUAGCAUCACUCUGGAAAUCUUGCAACAUCGUUGUACUUUACCAGAAAAGAAACAUCACACUUUGGUUGCCAA